GAGCAGACAGGUGGGCGGACACCAUGUGUCGCAGGCCCGGCUCAGUCCCUCUUGCAGCCCAGAGCCCGAGACCUUCUCCUUGGCGCUGCCCGGCAGGCCCCGGCUGCGUCCCCAGGCUGCCGAGAGGCGGCGGGAGCAGCGCCCGACCUCCGCUCCUGCAGCCCGUGGGGAUGGCUUCCCGGCCGCGCUCCAGCCCGUGUCUCUUCUGGAAAAGAAUCCUGUGCAUCUUUUUCCUACCAUGUAUCUUAUCAGGUUUUUCUCCUCGAGUGAAACAUAAAAAGAAUCUCUUAUCUGGAAAAGCGCAGCCUCAGCUAUCCCAGUACAGCAGGUUUAUUUGGUCUCGUCUGACCCCUCUGGAGCUGAGGAACCGAUCCAUGGGACUGCAGACUGAAAGCAGAGUUGGGAGUAAUCCGUACUUCACACUGGAGGGUCACAAGUUCCUGAUCUUCGGGGGCUCCAUCCACUAUUUCCGCGUGCCCAGGGAGUACUGGAGGGACCGCCUCCUGAAGCUGAAGGCCUGUGGCUUCAACACUGUCACCACCUAUGUUCCAUGGAACCUCCAUGAGCCAGAAAGAGGCAGAUUUGACUUCUCUGGGAACCUGGACCUGGAGGCCUUUGUCCUGACUGCUGCGGAGAUCGGGCUGUGGGUGAUUCUGCGUCCAGGUCCCUACAUCUGCAGCGAGAUUGACCUCGGGGGCUUGCCCAGCCGGUUACUGCAAGAUCCCCAGGUGAACCUGAGAACGACUGACAAGGGCUUUGUUGAAGCAGUUGAUAAGUAUUUUGAUCAUCUGAUUUCCAGAGUGGUUCAUCUCCAGUACCGCAAGGGAGGCCCCAUCAUUGCAGUGCAGGUGGAGAACGAAUAUGGUUCAUUUUAUAAGGAUAAAGAUUACAUGCCCUAUCUUCAACAGGCCCUGCUGAAAAGAGGGAUUGUGGAGCUUCUCUUGACCUCGGAUAAUGUGGAUGAUGUGCUAAAAGGCUACAUAAAAGGAGUGCUGGCCACCAUCAAUAUGAAAAAAUUUCGGAAGGAUGCUUUCCAACACCUUUAUAAGGUGCAGAGGGAUAAGCCCAUUAUGAUUAUGGAAUAUUGGGUCGGCUGGUUCGACACGUGGGGAAGUAAGCACGAGGUUAAAGAUGCGGGUGAUGUUAAGAACACCGUGUCUGAAUUUAUCAAAUUUGAGAUCUCCUUCAACGUAUAUAUGUUCCACGGUGGAACCAACUUUGGUUUCAUAAACGGGGCCAUAAAUUUUGUGAAGCACGCUGGUGUCGUCACUAGCUAUGACUAUGAUGCUGUGCUCACAGAGGCCGGGGAUUACACAAAGAAAUAUUUCAAGCUUCGAAAACUCUUUGGAUCCAUCUUAGCAGUUCCCCUGCCCCCCUUACCUGAACUCACUCCCAAGGCUGUGUAUCCUUCUACGAGAUCAUCCCAUUACUUGCCACUGUGGGAUGUCCUACAGUACUUAGAUGAGCCAGUCAUGUCUAAAAUGCCAGUCAGCAUGGAGAAUCUUCCUAUAAACAAUGGAAAUGGUCAGUCCUAUGGAUUAGUCCUUUAUGAGACUCCCAUCUGCUCUGGAGGGCAGCUUCAUGCCCAUGUUCGAGAUGUAGCACAGGUGUUUUUGAAUGAGACAACAAUAGGAAUACUGGAUGAUAGUAUUCGGAACUUGAAGAUUCCUGAAGUCAAGGCUCCGCUAUGUCCCCUGGAGGCCUGUCCCAAACAGCUACUCAGGCCCUGCCUUCUACCGUGCUACACUGAGGGCUGGCUCUUCUCCCAAGGACACCUUCCUGAGACUACUGCCUCCAUCCCUUCCAGAACUGGAAUUAUGGCUUUGUGUUCAUCAAUGGACGUAACCUUGGGCGAUACUGGAUUAUUGGACCCCAGGAAACACUUUACCUGCCUGGUGCCUGGCUGCAUCCAGAAGACAAUGAGGUAUCUACACCUCGAGCCGGGCAGCUGUGACCGUGAGGUGGCUCAGAGGUUGGACUGGUCUAACCUGACCCGUCCUUGGCUGAGACGCCGCCAGUUAGGGCUGCAGGCGAAAGACCAAAACUUUAUGCUGGAGGACUCCACCUUCUGGAUCUUCGGGGGCUCUGUGCACUACUUCCGCGUCCCCAAGGAGUACUGGAGGGACCGCUUGCUGAAGAUGAAGGCCUGUGGCUUGAACACCCUCACCACCUAUGUUCCAUGGAACCUCCAUGAGCCAGAAAGAGGAAGAUUUGACUUCUCUGGGAACCUGGACCUGGAGGCCUUUGUCCUGACUGCUGCGGAGAUCGGGCUGUGGGUGAUUCUGCGUCCAGGCCCCUACAUCUGCAGCGAGAUUGACCUCGGGGGCUUGCCCAGCUGGUUACUCCAAGACUCUGGCAUGAGGCUGAGAACAACGUACAAGGGCUUCACGAAUGCAGUGGACCUUUAUUUUGAUCACCUGAUGCCCAGGGUGGUGCCACUCCAGUACAAGCAUGGAGGACCCAUCAUUGCUGUGCAGGUGGAGAAUGAAUAUGGUUCCUAUAACAAAGACCCCACCUACAUGCCUUACAUCAAGAAAGCUUUGGAGGACCGAGGUAUUGAGGAACUGCUCUUGACUUCGGACAACAAGGACGGCCUGAGCAGUGGAGCUGUUGAUGGAGUGCUGGCCACCAUCAACUUACAGUCACAACACGACCUGCAGUUAUUAAGCACCUUUCUCUUCACUGUCCAGGGGGCUCGGCCCAAGAUGGUGAUGGAGUACUGGACGGGGUGGUUUGACUCGUGGGGAGGCACACACAACAUCCUGGAUUCCUCUGAGGUUUUAAAAACCGUGUCUGCCAUCAUUGACGCUGGCUCCUCCAUCAACCUCUACAUGUUCCACGGAGGCACCAACUUUGGCUUCAUAAAUGGAGCCAUGCAUUAUUAUGACUAUAAGUCUCAUGUCACCAGCUAUGACUAUGACGCGGUGCUGACAGAGGCGGGAGAUUACACAGCCAAGUACCUCCAGCUCCGGGAUUUCUUCGGCUCCAUCUCAGGUACCCCUCUGCCUCCCCCACCUGACCCUCUUCCCAAGACUGCAUACGAGUCCGUGACGCCAGCUUUCUACCUGUCACUGUGGGAUGCCCUGAAGUACAUGGAGGCGCCAAUCAAUUCUGAACAGCCAGUCAAUAUGGAGAACCUGCCAGUGAACAAUGGCAACGGACAGUCCUUUGGGUACACACUGUAUGAGACCACCAUUGCCUCAUCUGGUGUCCUUAGUGCUUUUGUGCGUGACCGGGGACAGGUAUUUGUGAACACGGUAUCUAUAGGAUUCUUGGACUAUAAAAGGAAGGAGAUCAAUAUCCCCUUGAUCCAGGGUUACACCACGCUGAGGAUCUUGGUGGAGAAUUGUGGGCGAGUCAACUAUGGGGAGAUUGAUAAUCAGCGCAAAGGUUUAAUUGGAAAUAUCUAUCUAAAUGAUUCUCCCCUGAGCAAAUUCAGAAUCUACAGCCUGGAUAUGAAAAAAAGCUUCUUUCAGAGGUUCAGCUUUGACGAAUGGAACAAGGUCCCUGAAGCACCUACAUUCCCUGCUUUCUUCCUGGGGGCCUUGUCAGUUGCCCUUUCCCCCUCCGACACCUUUAUGAAGCUGGAGGGCUGGGAGAAGGGGGUUGUGUUCAUCAAUGGCCAAAACCUUGGACGCUACUGGAACAUCGGACCCCAAGAGACCCUCUACCUCCCCGGUACCUGGUUGGACCAAGGCAUCAACCAGGUCAUUGUUUUCGAGGAGAAGAUGGCAGGCUCUGUGAUACAGUUCACUGAAACACCCCACCUAGGCAGGAGCCGGUACAUCAACUGAGCAGCACCGCCCAGCACCUCCUGUGGUGGGAAGCAGGCGAGCGCCACCCUCCUCCUAGCUGACAGGAGGCCUGGUGGGCCCCUCACACCCUGCCAUCAGGAGAGUGCCCUUAAGUAGCAACCUCAGGGAGCCAGGGGGCCCCAGCUCUGCCCAUUGCUUCAGUUCAAGACCCUAGCCCUGGGGACCCAAAGAGGAGAGGUAGGAUGGCCAGGGAAGGAUCCCUUCUUGCCUGAAGUGGCUCUUGACCCGGCUCUGCCGCCCCACUUCCUGCUCUCCUGGGAGAGGACAGGGAUGUCUCUCAGGGUGCCUGGGGCCCUCAGGAAAGGCCUGACUGGUUGGCCCGGACUCCUGGACGCUGGCUUGCUCCUUCGAGGUUCUCACCUGGCUCAGCUACCUCCCUUGCGGCCCCUUUUCAUUUCUGAAGUAGCGACCUGUCACCACUUGUAGGGGAUAGGAAGGGGGUGUAUAUCCUGAUUGGCGUUGUUCUCUUCACACCCUCCUGAGCCUGCUCUGGGACUCUGGGAGGGGCUCCUGCUGAGGAGACUUUUCAUUCUCCUUUUCAUUCUCACUGAUUGCGUCAGAUAGGAUGACAGCCUGAGCUUAAGAGAAGCAGAAACCCUCGGUUGCUUGUUUCCUGAUUAGAGAGUCUGUCCAGGUUUACUGGGUGGGAAGCUCCAGCUGAGGAGCAGAUGGAGACCCUCGCAGAAGCCGCACCCUCCCCGGGCCACAGGGGGGUGGUGGCAGGAGGCCUGCUCCAGUGCGCGCCGCCCCCCGGAAGGUUGGGGCCACUGGGCACCCAGCCUGGCGCAGGUGUGCUCCCCUCCCUCUGCUCCCCGUGGCCACGCGAGGGGGGAGGGGCAGCCUGGCCCCACAGUUGUCUGUCCGCUUUGAGGCGCUUGUUCUGGGGAUCGAGUCCAGUGGUUUGGCUCAGGUUCACUGUUCUGAAUUGCAAUAAAGCAGUAGAAUUGAAUCAAA